CAUGUACAACUUAAAUUAACUACCACUACAAUGAUUAUGAAUUUAUUACCUGUGACCUACGCCCACGCAGUGUUAAAUCCACUCACACACUCUUGUUGUUAUUGGGCGGAUCUCAUUUUUUGCAGAACUAGAAGAGAAAGAAGAGACUGCAGUGACAUAAUGUCUUCUCAGCAGUCAAUACUAGAAGGACAACCGUUUCUCUAUGACUAUGCAAGGAUGAAGUUUAAAAUGGAGACAACCAUGAGGCCAGUGAACUGUCCUCAAGUCACAUGGAAGGACUCCAAGAAGCAGUGGGUUGUAUUGUGUGGGCACAUUGCACCUCACCACUGUUAUCUCACAUAUUGUGCUCAAGAGGAUAUCUGGCUCGUAAAUAAGAACAGGUCAACUCUCCCAAGAAUAAAGCUUGACAACUUCCUUCUCUUCACACGUCAGAUGAAGAUUGACAUAGUGUUUGGAUAUUUCUCGAUUGUGCUGGAGUUUGACUCACAAUCAAAGCUCAAACAGUGGCUGGAUGCUUUUGCAACCAUCAGAAGUCGAGUCUAUGUUGAGCUGAUUCGCUGUCCCGAGUAUCCAGAGAUUGAAAAAGAAUACGUGCUUCAUCUAUGUCCUGACAAAAUUAUAUUUUACAGUGCCAAGAGCAAAGACAUGAAAGGAGUAGUUGAAUUUCAGUGGCCAGUCACUGUUAUUAAAAGAGCCAAGUAUCACAACUUUGUGGGGAAAUUGGAGAUAGAAAUUGGAAGAUCAGCAGAGACUGGAAAUGGUCAAUACUUUUUCAUCGGUUUUGGAGUUAAAAAAGUGUUCAAGGACAUUAGAGGCAAAAUAGAAGAAGCAAGAAAGUCAGGGUCCUUAAGAAAACCGACAGAGAACCUGGCAGAAACGAAACAGGAAGCUGGUCAUACUAUGAUUAUAUCUGACCCAGUCCUGGUUUCUCCUCCACCAGUUCUUCCAGAAACAAGACAAGAAGCUGGUCAUACUAUGAUUAUAUCUGACCCAGUCCUGGUUUCUCCUCCUCCAGUCCUUCCAUACAGAGGUAAAUCAGCUACUAUGAGUGUUGUAGAGGGAAAUGACAGAAGCAAUGCAGCAGUAAUGCAGCCUAGCCUAGAAAGGCCUCCACAACCAGUACCACGAAGAAGCACUAUUAAUAGGUUUCCUUCAUCAUCUACUGGUGCAUCUAUUGAAAGAUUUCCUUCAUCAUCUACUGGUGUGUCUAUUGAAAGAUUUCCUUCAUCACUUACUGGUGUAUCUGAUUAUGAAAAUGAGCAGCCACCUCCAUUGCCUCCUCGCAUGGAAAUUGAAGAUUUUGGUGAAGUUGAUCUUGUUUCUUAUCACACAAUUGGUGAAGACUUAUUUGCAGAUGUCAAUGAGAUCUCUUACGACGUCCCAAACCCCACGCCUCCACCCAUCCCUGCUCGUUCAACAAUGCCCCAUCAUUCAACGAUACCUCAUCACUCUUCAGAGUCCUCCAUUGGAGAAGUUGCUCCUCCUAUUCCGCGUCGCUCUACUCUCCCACGUUCCAGUUCAGCAUCAAAUAUUCCACCACCUCAGCCCACUGGAGCAGCAGCAGAGCCAGUUAUAUUAAGCCAACAGCCAUGGAGAUUACCAAUGGAUGAUCCCCGCUAUCAGCCAUUGGUUAUAUUUCAAUCAAGUAGCAACGAAGGAAUUAACAAUUUCAUGGGAGCUGGUACUAUGCCUAGACUCUCAGAAGGUACUCUGCCUGGACUUCCAGAAGAAGCCUAUGAUUAUCCUACUCCUCACCCACAUCCACCAGCUUACCCUCCUCCUUCAUACCAAUGAGACAAUAUGUACCUUAUACAGCUAUAUAUAUUUAUUUAUUAUUGAUUUACAAUGCAUACACACAAAUAGUCUAUUGUAAUUUAGUUCUAUGCACACACAGAGAAAACAACUAUUUUUUAAUUAUUUAAAAUAAUUAUAAGCAGCUUCUGAAAGUUAUAGGGGAAAAUUA